AUGAGGAGGCCUGCUGGCGUGGGAGCUCGGUGGGCGCCGGCGCUGGCCCUUGCGCUGGCCAUGGCAUUGGCGUCGUGCUCGUGCGUGACCCAUGGCGCCAGAACCACACCAAGUUCAGGCGCCGACGGCCUACGACCUGGCCGUGAGGCGACGCCGUCCGGAACCGCAGGCCGGGACGACAACGACGGAGGGCAGGCGGCAUCACCGUCCCAUCAGGAGAAGCGGGGCCAGGCGACGCGGGAGGGGGAGGAGGAGCAAGGGAUGAUGACGCUCAAGGAGCGAGCGGUGACGGGGUCGCGGCUGCCGGACUGCGCGCACGCGUGCGGGGCGUGCGCCCCGUGCAAGCGGGUCAUGGUCAGCUUCCGGUGCGCCGAGGCCUCCGAGUCGUGCCCCAUCGCCUACCGCUGCAUGUGCCGCGGCAGGUUCUUCCGCGUCCCCACCCUCUAG